AUGGGUCGACAAUCUCAUCUUGCACGGCUGGCCUUGGGUAGAUCACCAUUCGAUGCUCCAUUACAAGACGAAAAUGGGGAUCUUAUCCUUGGACCGAAUGUCCAACACGACACUGGCCGCAACUACAUCCAGGACUUCGAUAGUCGUGGCCAUCCGAGAAACCUUCGCUCCGAAAUGUCACGGCGAAGGCUUCUACGCGCUCAGAAUGAAGCUCUCUAUACCGUCGGCGUCGUCGUAAAGAAAGCCAAAGCAAAUCGCUCACGGUGGCAAACCAUGGACGAUAAGCAGAAAUUUCGACUUGUGGUUGAAGAAAACACGGCCGGGGCCUACCUAGGCCUUUCUGAGAGUAUUCUGCAGCGGUUGUCAACCCUCUGGAUACAGAACAUCAGGCGGCGCGUCUUGACCUACAAAUCAUAUCUGGAACUGCCAGUCUCACACAUGAUAUCAUCAGAUUGGCACACCUUGGGAGCUGGUGCAUUCUUGUUCGCUGGCGUUCUCCCAGCGACCUUUGCGAGAAUCAGCCAGUAUGUCAGAUUGGCGCUGCUUCGAGAAGAUGCCGGUUCAAGCUUGCCAGAUCGCAUAUUCAGCCGUUGGCGACGUUCGGGAGUCGCCAGCACAAUCCGCUACGCAAGCCUGCAAAUAUUCUUGUUCGCCAUUGAAUACUCUUGCCACGCUUACGCGGUUUUACAAGCAUUAUGCAUUCUUCCUCCUGGCUUCAGACCUUCCCUUCUCGCGAUGAUCCCCUUCACAGAAGUUGACGCUCCCGGUUACGACCAAGCCCGAUUCCCGAUCCAGUCUUGGUUCUCGUUAGCAACAGGUCUGGCAACGCAUAUGCGCAGCCCGUUUGUCAUAGCCAUGAUCAGAGAUCAGGUCAGCAAUAUUCUCUUCCCGAAACUCUACGUGUGGAUACGCGAACUCCUUGCCAAACCUAAUAGGCCAGAUGCAGUAUCUCUGCAAAGUGCAAGUGUGCGGCUGCAUAUUGCUCCAGGGAAGAUCACGAGUGCGAAUGCCCGGCGACUUGCCCUGGGAGAAGGAAGGGUCAAGGGACUGCUGGAUCGAUGGCUUUCGUACUUGCUUUGGUUUUCGCUCAGCGUCCUACAUACGCAAAGAGUGCCUAUGGCCAUCGAACUGAGCCCUGAGAUGGAGGCGGAGCUGAGGAGACGCAGCACCAUGCACUAUCACGCGUUGGUGGGUCAGGACCGUGAAAAUGGCAUUACACGUGCCUCGAGAACGCUCCGGGUGAUGGCAAUCCGCACCGCCUUUCACGACUUUAACCUGGACCCAGAUUCAUCCAUGGUCGACAUCUUCGAACUGGCAGAUGAGAUGAGCUUAUCUGGUUCGAGUCGAGCUUCUACUUCGACCCCAGAGCCGCAAGAACUACCGCCGCCUGAAGAUGUCAUGGCUGGCGCAAGUCAUGUGGAUCAGAGCGCAAUUGAGGGUGAAAUGGGAAUGCCCACGGGCACAGCCGAGACUCAAGAUACAUUCCCCACUACGAGCGACAUCGCUGGUGGCGAUGACGGCGACCGAGCGAGCAGCUCGGGAUCCCUGGAACGUGCUCUUACUGCAUUUAUAGACAGAAGAGCUUCCAUGCACCCCACUGCAACCGGGGCUGUACCUCUCGCGGCAGGGCGAGUCUCGGCUGGUGGUGCGAAUCCCGAUGAACCGGAUUAUAUUUCCAUGGUAUGGGGAGCUGACGUUGCUGCCAUUUUUGAAGGAGAUGCGGAGCAUGGGUCGACCAUGGCUCAGGAGCCAGCUUUUCGCCCCGCUGUCCCACUGGAGACUCUGCUUCAGCCUGCUCCAGCUCAUAUCGAACACCGGCCAGAGACUGGACCGACCUCUCCUGCCCAGCUUUCAACAGCUGAACAAGUAGCACCUCAGUCGCCUCCGCCACUGGGUUCGACGCCGGACAAUCGAGGAUCAAAUCCUCCCGCAAAUCAAGCGACAGUACCACCAACACCUGUUCCUGGGAUAUCUCGAGCACCCAGUCUCCGUGGAAUUGCUGGGAUGAGGCCCGUUCGUCGACCCACAGUUUCAGAUCAACAUGUUCCCACCUUCAGGGACGAGGUGAACCGUCGCCGUCAGGAACCGGAUGAACACAGUCAACAGGACACAAACUUCGACACCUACCGCGUCACAAUCCUCUCCAAUUACGCAGCUGAAGCUUUCGCCUACCACGCGACCUCGCUGGUGGAGUCAAUCAUCCUCCUUCCACUUGACAUUAUCCUCAUGCGCUCUCUUGCGCGGAAUUUCCUCGCUCGUCACUCCAAUCAACAGAUCGCGAACACAGCGCCCUUAAUGGGUGAAAUAUGGCCUCUCGGUCUCAGGGCUCAAAUGCAAAGGCUUAGUGUCCGCCAAGAAUUCCAGUUCUGGGGCAAUUAUCUAAUUACAAUGAGCAUGCAAGGGUUGACGAACUUUGCGAUCUGGGCGGCUGGGGCAAGGAUUACAUUGAAAUUGGGAGAGAAGUUUGGAUGGGGAAAUAUAUAA